AUGUCAUUGCCGCCCAAAACCCCCCUUCCGUUAAAUCUUUUUUUUCUUUCCCCACCCCCUUGUCCCUGCGGGAUUUGCAGCCGGGUCUCCCGCUGUGGAACCCCCAAUCGACUGCCGCCCCACCAGCAACCAUCACUUGCAACUCAAAUACCGGGCAAGGUGCAUUAA